CGUCCGAAACUUCUCAGUUCCGAUUUUCUUUGAACGCAGCAUGACGCCGCAUGUGAGUUAGUGGCUCAUUAUCUGGCAGUCGGAGUGGCAGCGGACACAAGAGAGGGGAUCCCCGGGAUUUUUUCAUCGAAUUACGGGUAUUGAUAGCUAAAUUAUAACCCAAACAACCGGAAAACUAGGGCCAACGCCGUCAACCCCCUCUAAAACCACGGAGGGAGCAGCCAUGUCGGAGGAGGCCGCGCGUCUGACGCGUAGCCAGAAGCGGGCGCUGGAGCGAGACCCACCGGGCCCCGCCGGCUCCCCGGAGGACGGGGAGAGCAAGCGGCUGAAGCUGGAGACGGGGGACCCGGCCGCCGCCGCCAUCGGCGUCGGCCUCUCGGACGUAGAGGACCCCGAUGAGGACGCUGCCUCGGAGGGGACGCCUGACCCGAUCCCCAAGGUGCCCGCCAGCCUCCUGAAGACGGGGGAGGUGAAGGCCACCAUCAAGGUGGAGGUCCAGACCGGAGACGAGCCGGUGGACAUGAGCACAGCGAAAAGUGAGGUCAAGAAGGAGAGGCAGCCCCCGUCCCCGGACGACGUCAUCGUGCUGUCGGACAACGAGCCGGCCAGCCCCGUGAUGAACGGCCACUGCUUCACCAAGACGGACACGGAUAAACUCAUGAAGAGCAGCCCCGAGGAGAGGGAGCGCAUCAUCAAGCAGCUCAAGGAAGAGCUGCGACUCCAGGAGGCCAAGCUGGUCCUGCUGAAGAAGCUGCGACAGAGCCAGAUCCAGAAGGAGAGCACUGUACAGAAGGUGACAGGCCGUAGCUCAGGUACCGUGAUCCCUCCUCCACUGGUGCGGGGCGGGACGCAGCACGUCCCCUCCAAACCCAACUCCCAGAUCGUCAUGCCACCGCUGCUGAGAGGAGCACAGGUAGGCGUCCGGACCUCGCCCAUCGCCGUGACCCCGCAGCAGAUCGCCAGCCUCCGGCAGCAGCAGCAGCAGCACAGCGGCUCGGGCCCCCCGCCGCUGCUCCUGGCCCCCCGGGCGUCGGUGCCCAACGUGCAGGUGCAGGGCCAGAGGAUCAUCCAGCAGGGGCUCCUCCGGGUGGCCAGCGUGGCCAACAACAACGUCAUGGUCAACAUUCCCCAGGCCUCUCCAACCCAUAUGAAGGGCUCCAACGUCAACUCCAACUCCAACCCCGGCGAGUCUCCAGCCGCCCGGCAGGCCGCUGCCAAGCUGGCGCUGCGCAAACAGCUGGAGAAGACCCUGCUGGAGAUCCCUCCGCCCAAACCGCCGGCCCCCGAGUUCAACUUCCUACCGUCGGCCGCCAACAACGAGUUCAUCUACCUGUUGGGUCUGGAAGAGGUGGUGCAGAAACUGCUAGAGAUGCACGGCAGGGGUAGCUUAGGCCCGGCCGCGGCGAUGGCCAACUCUCUCCCCAAGGAGCCGCACACCUGUCUCCAGUGCAAGACGGACUUCACCUCCCGCUGGCGCCAGGAGAAGGCCGGCACCGUCCUCUGCGACCAGUGCAUGUCGUCCAAUCAGAAGAAGGCCCUGAAGGCGGAGCACACCAACCGGCUGAAGGCGGCCUUCGUCAAGGCGCUCCAGCAGGAGCAGGAGAUAGAGCAGCGCAUCCUGCAGCAGGCCGCCUCCUCCGCCGCCUCCUCCUCGUCCUCCUCGGUCUCCAAGACCACCUCUCCGUCGCUGUCAAAGAGCGAGCAGCAGAUCCUGGUGUCCCAGCAGUUCAAGCAGGUCAGGGCUGCCAUGCAGCAGCAGCACCAGCAGCAUCAGCAGCAUCAACAGCAUCAACAUCAGCAGCAGCAUCAUCAGCAGCAGCAGCAGCAGCACAGGGGGCAGUCCAUGGCUCGCCACCACUCCGCCAUCAAGACGGUCGGUCAGAUGUCCCGUAGCAUCCAGUCUCCAGUGAGCUCGCGGGGCGUGGCCCACUCCUACUCCUCCGCCCAGCUGCAGAACGCGGCGGCGGCGGCGGCGGCCGCCAUGGGCAACCGGCCGGUCAAGCAUCCCGCGGCGAGGCCGCUGCAGCAGGGGCCAAAGGGCGGAGCCACCGGCAGCGGGGGCAGCAACCAGGUCCACAUGGCCGCCUGGAGGAAGCAGAGCGGCGGCAACACAGGUGUCCCCAUGACGUACGUGAACCCCAGCCUCGCCGCCCACAAGACCAGCUCCGCCGUGGAGCGCCAGCGGGAGUAUCUGCUGGACAUGAUCCCAUCCCGCUCCAUCUCCCAGACAGCCAACACAUGGAAAUAAUGCUGCACCAUGAACCUCUACAAUAACUAUGACCCCAUUGAAAUAAUUUCACCCUCCUAAUUAUCAACAUAACUACGGACCAUGCCGGGGGGGAGGACCUACGUUUUGACCCAUAUUUAGGAAGUACAGAAAAAAAAAAGUGAAUAGAAAAAAAUAUAUAUUUCCCUCGCUCUUUCUGCUGCCGUCUGUCUGUCUCUACGUCCUAUGGAUUGUGAAUAUUCAUGAGUGCCGGGGAUGGGAAGUGUACGACCUCAGAUGUGUCCGUCGUCUCUCCCUCUGUCGUCGGUUGAGCCUCAAGUUUGCAACGAGAGGGAGCCGUCGCAUCCUCGCUGACCUCCAUUCUAGCUGGGAGAUAGCCGCCAUCUUGCACCGUCAAAGAUUAGCCUUAGCCCUGACCCCAUUCCUCUCCAGGUGAAGUAGGACACUAGGAGCCUGCGGUUGCUGGACUCGACUCUGAAGUUCCAUCUUGUUGGGAUUUUUACCCAUCUCCAUUAUUUGGACGGAAGUUCCAUCUUGUUGGGAUUUUUACCCAUCUCCAUUAUUUGGACGGUUCCCAGGUGUUUCUGAAAUCCUUUUUUCAUAGCUAUAUGGGCUGUGUUAAGUAGCUGUCCACCGACCUCGCAAAACAUUAUUCACCGCCACUCGUGUUUGAAAAAAUGCCCAUAAUCAAUACUUUUAUUCCAACAUGUCUGGCAGGGAACAAAGCUUCUGGAGUAAGAUGGCUGCUCUUAAAUCCAUUCUGACUACAUAGUUGUGGAAAUAAAACCUUGUGAAAUACCGGGGGAAUCUGGAGUAAUGGCCAGAAGUGAGCAUUACUCGGCUAUAGUCCAUUAACUGUGGUUCUAUGGUGGGGAGGGUAGCUUGUGGACCAUCCAGGAAAUAAUAACUGCUUUAGCUUUGCAAAAACGAAUACUAAAGACUUAAAAAAAGAAAAGACAAAACAAAAAAAAUAACGUUUAUCUCCACACAGAUUGCCUCUCCACUUUGUGUGCGUGUGUGUAUAGCAGAGCGUUUGGGCAGUGUGUCGGGAUAAUUUUGUAUGGCUGAAUAUGAAACGUGUCCUGUAAGUCCUAUACUGUGUUUGAGAUGUCGUGCUCCCUGACGCGUGGAACUGGCCUCGUCGAGGGCUCCUGGUUAAGGUUACUGUUGAGGUGGUUUUACAUCUGCUGGGUUCUGUGUUUUAGCCGACUUUUAAUGACUUGUUUCUAAGAUGAAGACCAUUAAAACAGAUAAAUGUCUCGCUGUCUAAUAUUUAAACAAAAUCAAAAUGCAGACUGAAAGUUUCGGGGACUUCUUGGAUAUUGUAGAAAGGAAAUAAGAGAAGAAAAAAAACGUCCAAAGAACUACUGGAGUCCAAAUGGAGAAUCUUCUCCCAGGGGGUUGGGUGUUCCUGAACCCUCUUUGGAUGUAAAAAUAUACGUUCCUGCUAAGCCAUGGGGCUGUGAACGAUGUCAUGGUUCAUGACGUGGUUUUGCUUUUAGUUGUAGUUUGUGGCGGAUUCUUUUUCCUCUUUAGACAACUUUUCCCGGUUUAUUUAUAGGGUCCCGUUAGCAGAGCUUUGCGUUUAGGCAUCGGUUGGAAUGGGUCUCCCAUUUUAAAACGCGCGCAUCUUCUGUCCUGCACACCCUGUCAUUGGUUUAGAAGAAGCUGGUCCCAUUUCAGAAUGUAACCAUUUAAAAACAAAACACACCAUGGUUUUCUUUUUUUGUCUGCUUUGAGGUGUCGUCCAUGAUUUGUCUGAUAUAAUUGGUUCUUUACAAUUGUGAUGUGCGAUGCAAUGUGUUUUCUAAGGAUUCAGUGGCUCAGGAUAAGCUAGU